GGUGGGACGCGUAACUAUAUAACAGUUGAGGAUCCGCUUAUUGCCAGACAUUCCAGUCUUGUGAUAUUUGGGGUGCGUGUCGUGUCGUGCGCCGGCGAGUUAAUUUAUAUAUUUAUACAACUAAAUCAUUUUUUUAAAUCUUCUCCAAAGCCAAAAAUAAUAACUAAUCCAACAAAAUGUGUGACGAAGAAGUAGCCGCAUUAGUCGUAGACAAUGGAUCCGGUAUGUGCAAAGCCGGUUUCGCCGGAGACGAUGCACCACGUGCCGUCUUCCCAUCCAUCGUCGGACGUCCCAGACAUCAGGGCGUCAUGGUCGGCAUGGGCCAAAAGGAUUCGUACGUCGGUGAUGAAGCCCAGAGCAAGAGAGGCAUUCUCACCUUGAAAUACCCGAUUGAACACGGUAUCGUAACAAACUGGGACGAUAUGGAGAAGAUCUGGCAUCACACCUUCUACAACGAAUUGCGUGUGGCCCCAGAAGAGCACCCAGUUCUCUUGACCGAAGCCCCAUUGAACCCUAAGGCCAAUCGUGAAAAGAUGACACAAAUCAUGUUUGAGACCUUCAACACACCUGCCAUGUACGUCGCUAUCCAGGCCGUACUCUCAUUGUACGCCUCCGGUCGUACCACCGGUAUCGUAUUGGAUUCCGGCGAUGGUGUCUCUCACACUGUCCCAAUCUAUGAAGGUUACGCCCUUCCCCAUGCCAUUCUUCGUCUGGAUUUGGCUGGCCGUGACUUGACUGAUUACCUCAUGAAGAUUUUGACUGAACGUGGUUAUUCCUUCACCACCACCGCUGAAAGGGAAAUCGUCAGAGACAUCAAGGAAAAAUUGUGCUAUGUCGCCCUUGACUUCGAACAGGAAAUGGCCACCGCCGCCAGCUCCAGCUCCUUGGAGAAGAGCUACGAACUUCCCGACGGUCAAGUUAUCACCAUCGGUAACGAACGUUUCCGUUGCCCAGAGGCUCUCUUCCAACCAUCCUUCUUGGGUAUGGAAGCCUGCGGCAUCCACGAGACCACUUACAACUCCAUCAUGAAGUGCGAUGUCGACAUCCGUAAGGACUUGUACGCCAACACCGUAUUGUCUGGAGGUACCACCAUGUACCCAGGAAUCGCCGACCGUAUGCAGAAGGAAAUCACCGCUCUUGCCCCAUCCACCAUGAAGAUCAAGAUCAUCGCACCACCAGAAAGGAAAUACUCCGUAUGGAUCGGUGGUUCCAUCUUGGCCUCUCUCUCCACUUUCCAACAAAUGUGGAUCUCCAAGCAAGAAUACGACGAAUCUGGUCCAUCUAUCGUUCACAGGAAGUGCUUCUAAUUUCACAUUUAUAUAUCGCAAGCAUUCCAUUUAUAUUACAUUGCUCGUUCCACUUUGUAUAUUUAUUAUAACCUGCGAUAGGCCUCCAGCACUUAGGAGCCAAAUUAUGAACUGCCC